CGUCGCUUUGCAGUUUACAGUAUACAGGAUUAGCCUGUGCCACUGAGAGCGACGCCGGUCUGGCUCUGAGUGUCCAAAAUCCGCAAUGUCAAAAGAGGUGCUGAUACUGUAGCUGCAAGGCAUGGCUCCUCUCAGCGAGCAGGAGAUGCAAAGAGAGCUGGACAAAUUCAAGGCAAUGCAAGAGACUUUGCAGAAAGCAUAUGAAGCGCGAAUGGGCCUGAUUGCUCAGCAGCAGGAGACGGAGCUUGUGAAGCAAGAAUUCGACACCAUCGAGGAGGAUGCCGUGGUGUACAAACUGGUGGGGCCAGUUAUGGUCAAGCAGAACGUCGAUGAUGCCAAGGGCAACGUCACCAAGCGAUUGGAGUACAUCUCAGGUGAGCUGGAAAGGUCCAACAAGAUCAUAUCAGACAAGGAGAAGGAGCUGGGAGACAAACAAAAGCAGCUGAUAAAGAUGCAGCAAGAGAUACAAGGCAGUUGAAGAAUGCAUUGCAUGCAG